AUGUCUUCUCCCUUUUCGAUCAACGGCGGUGCCGCCGUCGCCAUGGUCGGCAAGGACUGCGUCGCCAUCGCCUGCGACCUCCGCCUCGGCCUCCAGGCCCUGACCAUCUCCAACAACUUCCCCAAAAUCUUCCAGUACGGCGACGUCUUCCUGGGCCUGACCGGCCUGGCCACCGACGUCAGCACCGUCAGCGACCUCUUCCGCUACAAGGUCAACAUGUACCGCCUGCGUGAGGAGCGCGCCAUCGCCCCGCGCACGUUCGCCAACCUCGUCUCCUCCUCUCUCUACGAGCGCCGCUUCGGUCCUUACUUUGUCUCGCCCGUCGUCGCCGGCCUGGACCCGAAGACGGGCAAGCCGUUUAUAUGCGGCUUCGACAGCAUUGGCUGCAUCGACUUUGCAAAGGACUUUAUCGUGUCGGGCACGGCGUCGGAGCAGCUGUUUGGCAUGUGCGAGGGUCUGUGGGAGCCUGAUUUGGAACCCGAUGCGUUGUUCGAGACCAUUUCACAAGCCCUCCUGACCGCCGUCGACCGUGACGCCCUAUCCGGCUGGGGAGCCCACGUAUACAUCAUCGAGAAGGACAAGGUCACCAAGCGAUUACUAAAGGGUAGACAGGACUAA